CAAUCUCAAAUUAUUCCUCUUUUUUAUCGAAGCUUAAUUCAAAUUGUAAUUUCUCCUGCUCUAUGUUAGUUUCUGUUCCCUUUGGUUAAAAAAAAAAAAAAAAAAAAUCAAAUUGUGAUCCGAUCAAUAAUUUUUAAUUGAAGUCCAACCCAAACCUAAAAAAUACUGGUAUUCAAACCCGUCCAAAAACCGAAUUGGGUUUGGGUUAAAACUUACAAGCAAGUUAAACCAUACUGAUCUGAAAUCUUAUAGCCAAACAGCCCUCAUAAAAAAGCCCAAAACACAUUCAACAUUGCAUUCAAAACCUGUAUUGACGCUGCUUUCCAGUCAAUUUUCUCUGUAUCCAAACGCUGAGAGAUAGAAGAAAAUUCACAUUUGAGAAAUGCGCUUGACGGCGCGUUGGUUAUUUCUCUGACGCGGUUCUUCUUCUCUCUCUCUUCUACAUUAUUUUCAUAUAUGAUCUAUACAUACAGCUACUAUACCAAAAUAUUCAUGCACAUCGUCAUAUAAUAUAUAUAAUACAAAUAUAUAUAUAUAUAUAUAUAUAUAUAUAUAUAUAUGAUAUACAUGCACAUGUAGAUACAUCUCUGUAGAAGUUGAUAGAACAUCUUCACGCCUCUCACUUCCUUCUCUCCAAUUGUUUGUUUGAAUUUUGAGAUUUGGAGGCGUGAUCUUCUAGCUUGAGGAUUUCUUUGUUUGAAUUUUGAGAUUUAGAAGUGUGAUUUGAUCUGAUUUGAUUGGAAAAACCGCGAGAAAUGUCGAAUUUGUAUGGAGACUUCAAUCAGAAGAUUGAUUAUGUAUUCAAGGUCGUAUUGAUCGGGGAUUCUGCAGUCGGGAAAUCGCAACUCUUGGCACGUUUCUCGAGGAACGAGUUCAGCUUGGAUUCGAAGGCUACAAUCGGAGUCGAGUUUCAGACGAAAACUCUUGUUAUUGAUCACAAGACUGUAAAGGCUCAGAUUUGGGACACUGCUGGACAAGAAAGAUACCGAGCGGUGACAAGUGCAUACUACAGAGGGGCAGUGGGGGCAAUGCUGGUUUAUGACAUAACCAAGCGCCAGUCUUUCGAUCAUAUAGCGAGGUGGCUAGAGGAAUUGCGGGGCCACGCAGAUAAGAAUAUUGUUAUCAUGCUUGUAGGGAACAAGUCUGACCUAGGGUCCCUUCGUGCUGUACCCACCGAAGAUGCCAAAGAAUUUGCCCAGAGGGAGAACCUUUUCUUUAUGGAAACAUCAGCCCUUGAGGCUACCAAUGUUGAAACAUCUUUCCUUACCAUCCUGACAGAGAUUUAUCGAAUCAUCAGCAAGAAGGCCCUCAUAGCCAAUGAGGAAGCUGAAGGAGGGAAUUCUUCACUUCUCAAGGGAACCAAUAUUGUUGUCCCCGGGCAGGAACCAGUUUCAGCACCGAGCAAGUUCAGCUGUUGCAUGUCUUCAUAGGGCUGUUCUUUGACCAAUGGAGUAUUUCUGUUUGCAAUCCGAGGUAACCAACCUUUCAUCUCGUUUUGUAAGAGGUUGUUGUUGAUCGGCUGUGUAAACUCUGUUAGUUCAAACUUACAAAGACGUGGUCAUAAAUCUCACAUGAAAUCAGUUGCUUUUCCAACUUUUCGUUUGCGAUGACCAGCAUAGCCACAUUCCCUUGCUGAUACUUCACUUUUCGAUUACACCAUAAAAACAAUGUCAAACUGCAAACUUUUUUAAUGUUGCUCGACUGGGAAUGUUAUAAACAUGCACAAGCAGAAGUUUAGUGAAGACUGGUGUUGGAGAACUGUGUUGUAUGAAAUGCAUUUCCCAGGUUGAUCUUGCUUAGCUAGGUCCUAUUAUUGGUGAUUGAUUUGGCAGGAUUUCCAUAUGAAAGGAAGAGACCAUGUCAGAAACCAGUACUCUCUGGUGAUGUGUUUGUUGAACUUUCUUUAUUUGACUACCAUAUAUUUCCCGUCAUUGGUGUGACCGGUGUGUAUUAACGACGUUUUCCCAUGGUGUUGGGAUCCUGUGAUGUAUUGCUUUGGACGGCUCACAGCGCGCACACGUGUGGUGCUGUGGGGAUCCGGGCUCCUUUCCAUGCGGGAUUCAUUUUAAAUAGUUGGAGCCUUCACUGCAUGUUUCUGAAUUGGAGACUUCACUUUUAUGUUCCACUGCAUUUACGUUUCGCUGAA